CCCGAACCUUAACCGCCAAACUGGGCAGGUGCCCGGCGGCAGGGCACUAACGAGCACUUGCCUGAACGUGCGUGACAAAAAAACCUCCCCCCCACGCGCCCGCCCCUCCGUCAGGUGAUUUCGUACGCCCGACGAGACAAAAACGAUGCUACGGUCGGUACAACGACAGGCGGCCCGCCAUGCCUUCACCCACCACCGGCCGACGACGAGCCCCCACGUGCCCGUCGCGGCCGUCACUGCUGCUGCGGCCUCAUCCCGCGCGUGCUACAGCAGCCUGCAGUCCGCGGUGAAGCUGUCGAGCAUCCCCGCCCCGCACAGCGGCAGCAUCACCAUCGUCUCCCUCAACCGGCCCAAAGCCCGCAAUGCCAUCUCGCAGCAGCUGCUGUCGGAGCUCAGCGGGGUCGUCGAGGGCCUGCAGCGCGAAGGCGGCAAGGGGAGCACGCGCGCCCUGAUCCUCACGAGCGAGUCCGACGCCGCCUUCUGCGCCGGCGCCGACCUCAAAGAGCGCCUCUCCAUGUCGCCCGCCGAAGUCCACACCUUCCUCACCGCUCUGCGCCGCGCCUUCGCCACCCUCGCCGCCCUCCCCAUCCCCACCAUUUCCGCCAUCAGCAGCACCGCGUUCGGCGGCGGCCUCGAAAUGGCCCUCGCCACGCACUUCCGCGUCUUCGCUUCGACCGCCAGCGUCGCCCUGCCUGAAACCCGCCUCGCCAUCAUCCCCGGCGCAGGCGGCACCUUCCGCCUGCCCGCGCUCGUAGGCCCGACGCGCGCUCGCGACCUCAUCCUCACGGGCCGCCGAGUCAGCGGCGCCGAGGCGUACUUCAUCGGCCUGUGCGAUCGCCUGGUCGAAGUGACGGCCGAGGAAGAGAAGGCUCCGGGCGUGGCGAGGGGCAAGGUAUAUGAGCAGGCGGUGAGCUUGGCACGGGAGAUUUGCGAGGGCGGACCGAUUGCCAUUCGCGCGGCGAUGCAGGCUGUCGAGGGCUGGAGGCAGGGUGAGGCGGCGGAGAAUAUGGCGUACGAGAUGGUGCUGCCGACGGAUGAUCGGAAGGAGGCGUUGCGGGCGUUUGGGGAGAAGAGGAAGCCGGUGUUCAAGGGGAGGUAGACGGUGUCAAGGUUGGGGGGAACUGGCAAAAGGGCCGAAUCUUCGUGCAUGUACAUUCUAGCAUGGCACUCGAUGGCUGGGAUAGAUAGAUACUAGACGAUCAUGAAUCUGUAAGAGGCUAAAUGCAUUGUGAAAGGAACGACAUGGGGUA